UGAAGCAGAACAACCUCCGUUUCCAGAUGUUUCUGAAUCAAAACAUGGAUCUGUGUCUUUGGAAGCAGGAAUAUUGCAGCCAUUACAUAUGGAACAAUUUUAUUCAGCCCCUGCAGCUGAUACUGUUGUCCAACAGUUGCUUCCCAUAUCUGAGGCAGCCGCCUUUCCAGAACCACCUGAUCCAAAAACGUGUUCUCCUCAAGAAUACUUAGAGUAUUACAUAUUUCCAGUACUUUUACCCGGAAUGGCUGAGCUUCUGCAUCAAGCAAAGAAGGAAAAGUGUUUUGAGAGAAAAAGGACAAAAUUUAUUGCCUGUGAUUUCCUGACUGAGUGGUUAUACAACAAGAACCCAAAGAGGAAAGAUGAGUCAUUCACAGAAUUCUUUUCCAUUCCUUUUGUUAACGACUGGCUAAAGGACCAUCCUAGGCCACCAAUUCCUCUAUCUCUCCUUCUAUCAGAAGAAGAAGCAAGCAUAGUAAUUCAGUCCUUCUGGAGAGGUUAUCGGGUCCGCUGUGAUAGUGAAAUACAAGAGCUACGUCAGUGGCAAAAGCAGUUGAGAGAGGAGAAAAACAUUAUUAAAAGAGUGAAAGAAUUCUGGACUAAGCAGGAAGCCAAAGUGGGAAGCAAAGCGGAAGACUCAGAAGAACAUACACAAAAUCAUUCAACAUCUCGAUUUUAGUUUUCUCACCAAUAUCACAAAACAGAGCUCAUGGACUAAACUUUGUGGUACUGAUUUAGAAACACUCUUAGCAUUACAGUUUUACAUGUGAGGUGUUGUACAUCAAACGGAGAUUAUGUAAGGACCUAGCAUGCCAAGACAAAAUUCAGUCCUAGUGUAAGUAAGUGAGCACAAUUCUGUUAAAACAGAUGGAAUUGUGCACAUUUAACCAAAAAAUUUGAGUCUGUGUUUAUCUUGUGUUCCUGAAUGCUCACUUGCAAGCUUUUCUGACAGGAACAAAACUCUGGAUGAGAUUAAUGGGGUUACACCCUCAUGUAGGCAGGUGUUAAAACUAAGGCAAAAAUCUCCCUUUAGUAUAAACUGGAGAGCUUCACUGACUUCUGCAAAGCUGUGACAAUUUACACAAAUCCAGGCUCUGUUCAUAACAGUCUAAUUUUCAGAAACACUGUGCCUCUGCAAUUCCAAAUGAAAGCAAUGAGAGCUAGGGUUGCUCUGCGUUUCUGCAGGGGAAAAAAGUCAAAGGCCCUUUUGUUACCAUGUAGCCCAUGUGCUGAGAAAGUGUAAAAUGAAGAUCACAGUGAUAGCAUUUUCAGCAAUCUUGUGUAUGUGUACUUACUUACACAAGGUGCAAGCAGAAUA